AACCGGACAUGUAGUGCAGCCAAUCGGUUUAGUUAGAAUAUACCUUUAACUGUCUAUGGAAUUUACAGCAGCCAACCUAGAAGCAGCUAGCUAGCUAGCAGUGUUGUGGAAAUAGAUCUUAAUCUAACUAUUCCGACGUUUUAUUCUCCACGUUGAGUUUCCAUCAACAGCAACAAUGUCUGAAAGAAAAGUACUGAAUAAAUACUACCCCCCGGAUUUUGAUCCAUCCAAAAUCCCAAAACUUAAACUCCCAAAAGAUCGCCAGUAUGUGGUCAGAUUGAUGGCUCCAUUCAAUAUGAGGUGUAAAACAUGUGGCGAGUACAUCUACAAGGGGAAGAAGUUCAAUGCACGCAAAGAAACUGUUCAGAAUGAGCUUUACAUGGGACUACCGAUCUUCCGUUUCUACAUCAAAUGUACUCGAUGUCUUGCUGAGAUUACGUUUAAGACUGACCCAGAGAACACAGACUACGCAAUGGAGCAUGGUGCAACGCGAAACUUCCAGGCAGAGAAACUGAUUGAGGAGGAGGAGAAGAGAGUCACACUGGAGAGGGAAGAAGAGGAACUCAACAACCCCAUGAAGGUGUUGGAGAACCGCACAAAGGAUUCCAAGAUGGAGAUGGAGGUUCUGGAGAACCUGCAGGAGCUGAAGGAGCUGAACCAGAGACAGGCUCUGGUGGACUUUGAGGGAAUGAUCGACCGGUACAGAGAGAUGGAGCAGAGAGAGAAGGAAAGGGAGAAAGAAGAGGAUGAGCGUGAAACAAAGGAGAUGUUGGAUCGUGCCCUUGUGAAAAGACUCAGAGACUCCGACUCUGAUUCAGAGAAGGAAGAGGAGAGCAGCAGCAGCAGCAGCUUGCAUUCGAGAAAACCCAGCACAGACAAACCAACAGACAUCCUCACCACUGUCAAAACCCCAGAGGCACAGGGGACCUCAGCUGGAGGAGUGAAGAGGGCUAAGGUGGAGAGCUGGGAGAGAAGUGUGGGGACACUGGGCAGUAAAGGGGCCCUGGGGUCCCUGGUUGUGCGGAAGAAACCAGCAGCGACUUUCAUCAAACCCAGUCCAGUGGCAGCAGCUGCUGCUCCCACUUCACAAACAGAUUCAAAGGCAUCUAUGGCUGAGCCCAAGAAUGCCUUGAGGCCUGUUACCACGCAAAAUGGGUCAUCAUCUCUCAGCCUGCUUGGGGCAUAUUCAGACAGCGACAGCAAUGACAGUGAAUGAGAAGAACAUGCCUGGGUUUUUGAGUGACUGACACACAAUUGUAUAAAUGAUGCACAAAUGAAUAUAUUGAUAUGGACUUUUUUGUAAUGUGUAAACCAGUUUAUGGGUGUAUCUUAUGCAAACCUUUCUAUAAAAAAGAGACUGGUAAUAAGUUAAUGUGUUGGUCGGCAGUCAUUAACAAGAAUUUUAUCGUCUGGUUGACCCAGUGAACCACAAAUAAACUUCCUUAGCUGAUCCACCAGUUCAUGGACCUGUUGUUUCUGAGAAAUUAACCU